ACUACGUCUGAGCUGCACUUGGCUUCAUAUACUUACGCCUUGUUCGAAUUCAUACCAUUGAACUACUCCCUGUGUCUCGCUGGAAGUCCUGACAGGUCCUCUAAUUCGCAGCUACCACGUCCACAGUCCGUUUCGUGGCUGCCGCCCAACGAAGGCGGCAUUGGGAGGCUUUUAGGCGUCAUCUCCGGCCAGUAUUUAUCGUCAAACACUUCUCUCGCCUACCCCAUAUCCCCAGCAUGGGCAACUGGACUCGCCUGCGCUCUGAGGACGGCAAGCACGGCUACGCUGUGCUAGAAGAGCAGAUUGAGAAACCUGACCUGGACGAUAGAGACUACAGAGUGAUUGAGUUGGACAAUGGCCUCCGCGCAAUACUCGUUCACGACGCAGGAGCGGAGAAAGCGGCAGCAUGCUUGACAGUGCAGGUGGGAGCUAUGCACGACCCGGAUGACAUGCCGGGCCUGGCUCAUUUCUGCGAGCAUAUGCUAUUGAAGGGAACGGAAGCAUAUCCCGAGGAGAACGACUUCUUCGCAUACAUUACUUCGCAUGGAGGUAGCAAGAACGCAUCUACGUCCGCCAACCAGACCAACUACUGGUUCUCUAUCGGUUCCUCUUAUCUCUUUGGGGCCCUCCCGCGCCUCGCCGCAUUCUUCCACUCUCCUCUCUUCACCGAGUCUCUUACGAAGCGGGAGAUCUAUGCCGUCGAUAACGAGCACAGGCGGAACAUACAGACUGACAGUCGCAGAGUGUUCAUGGUUGACAAGAUGCUUGGUACGCCUGGUCAUCCUUAUACUAGGUUUCAGACGGGGAACGUGGAGAGUAUAACGGAGGCAGCGAGGAAGGAGCUUGGUAUAGAGGUCGUACGGGAGACGCGGGAGGAAGGCGACGUGGAUGAUGAGCAACCUGUGUGGAAGAAGACGCGCGAUCGGCUCGUCGAGUGGUGGCGGGAACACUAUUGCGCGGGGAGGAUGACACUCGCGGUCCUCGGAACAGAGUCCCUCGACGAACUCACAAAGUCGGUUGUGUCUUUGUUCUCUCCCGUCAAGAACCUCGGGUUAGAUCUCCGACCUGUAAUUGCUACACCGCUCUGGGGAGCGUCCGAGAUGGGCUCAGUUAUCUACAUCAAAACGGUGAAGGAUACCACGGCCCUCACACUGAAGUUCCCACUUCCGGACCAAUGGCCACACUAUCGCUCCAAGCCCGCUCGUGUGCUAGCGCACCUCCUGGGCCAUGAGGGUCCCGGGAGCGUCUGCGCUUACUUGCGGCGAAAAGGUGAGCUCGGAGUGAGCACGGGGAAUCCGAGCGUGCAGUUCCUCCAGGUGAAGUGCCACUUGACCAGGGAGGGAUAUGCCCACUACAAGGAGGUUCUUGCAGUGUUCUACGACUACCUCGCUCUCCUGCGGUCGUCGAACAUCGAACCAUACCACUUCGAUGAGCUCAAGAGGAUGUCAGAGAUCAAUUUCCGCUACGAGGAGAAGACACAACCCCACACCUACGUCGGCUGGCUUGCGCGCGAACUUGCGCAUCCGUACCCUUCCUCCCGUGUUCUCAGUGCAUCGUCACUCUUUCUAGACUGGGACGAGGGAGCGGUUCGGGACCUAAUAGAUAACUAUCUCCUUCCAGAUAAAGGUAGAGCCAUCUUGGAAGCCAGAGAGCACCCGGGCGUGGACGGAUGGGAGAAGGAGAGAUGGUAUGGGGUGGAGUAUUGUGCGCGAAGGAUCGACGCGGAUCUAUCGCUGAAGCCUCGAGGGCCUGGCGGCAACAAGGAGCUAUUUCUGCCUGGCCCCAAUCAAUUCAUUCCAAGAGACCUCUCAGUAGAGAAGUCGAAUAUCUCGAUGCCGGCUCCAGCCCCUGUUUGUAUAUACCGCAGUUCUCUUUCCGCGUUGUGGCACAAGAAAGACGACCGAUUCUGGGUUCCUAGGGCGUCAGCGAAGAUCGACAUCCGAAGUCCCCUUGCGUAUGGCACCCCUCGGCAAGCAGUUCUCACGAGGAUGAUCGCCGAUCUCGUAGAGGAUGCUCUUUCCGAGGUAGCCUACGAUGCAUACCUCGCAGGCUUCAACUACGACGUCACGAAUCACAAACGGGGUAUCCGAGUGUCCGUCAGUGGAUACAGUGACAAACUGGACGUAGUCCUGGGCACUGUCAUACGAUACCUCAAGAAUUUGCAGGUGGACCCACGGAGGCUGGACGUCGUCAAAGAGCAGGUCACUCGUGCGUAUGAGAAUCACUAUCUCGGACAGCCCAGUGAUCUGUCUGAGGAGUUCGCGGAGUGGGCAAUGACGCACACAGUAUGGACACCUGCCGACAAACUACCCGAGAUACCUCUUAUAAGCGUCGAAGAUGUUCAGGUACAUCACAGGGAGUUUCUCGGGAAAGUGAGCGUGGUGGCGCUGGUAACUGGGAACCUCCGUCCGGAGCAAGCUGUGGCAAUCGUGAAGUCGGUUGAGGAUAGUUUGCGAACUCGACCAUGCCCAUCUAAUGAGAGGUUCGAAGAUCGCGCUCUAGUUGUCCCCCCGGGUGCGAACGUCGUCCUCCGACAAAAGCAUGCCAAUACGCAAGAAUUGAACAGUAGCCUAUCGUAUUGCUGUCAGUUCGGCGAAGUUGCUGACGAGACUUUACGACCCAUUGUGAUGCUCCUUACCCACAUCAUGCGUUCGCCCGUAUUUGACCAACUCAGGACUCAAGAACAGCUGGGCUACGUCGUCUCCAGCACUAUGUGGGUCGCUGCGACGUCCAUGGGCUUCGGCAUCAAUAUCCAGAGCACCCGUGCGCCGUGGUAUCUGGAAGAGCGAGUAGACGCCUUCCUCGAGCAGUUCCGAAGCACUCUCGCGGAAAUGUCCCAGGAGGACUUCGCGGCCGAGAAGGAGGGGCUGAUCGUCAAGCUACUCGAGCGGCCGAAGAACCUGCAUGAAGAGACCCUGUCGUUCUGGGCGCAGAUUCGCCAGGGGUACUACGAUUUCAUGCGACGACAAAGGGACGCGUCUGCGAUCAAAGCUUUGUCACUGGACGAGGUCAUCAAGACCUACGACACCUUCGUUCGCCCUUCGACUGGAAGAACGAUGCGCAAGAAGCUGUCCGUGCAGCUGGUCUCACAGCAACUGAAGGAGGCGAUACCUCUCCGUGAAACCGGCACCGUCUUGACAGACAGCGGUCUGACGGAUUACAAGUCGAGCAUGGCAUGCUAUCGCGCGGCAGUCCCUGUGGGCUGCGAGUUUGGUCGCGCGAGGGUGCUGGCGGAGGAGACAGCAAAGCUGUAACGCGAAUAUGACACGGUUGCGUUAUUACACUUAUUGGUGCACUAUUUGCAGUGAACACAAAGGUUCUUCAACCCUGUGAAACGUAGCU